AUGCAGGCGAUCGUGGUCGUCAAGCUUGGGAGUCGCGCCAAGUCAAGAACCACCGCAGGCCAAGCGACCAUGGACGUGGACUUGCAGUCACCCUUUUCAUGUCUCCAUGACGCCAUCUCUCUCGAAGUCCAGCGCAUUCGGCUCGCGUGCAAUGCGUCUGCGAUGGCCGCCAAGGAAAAAUGGGUCAUGGGGUCACCAGACCCGCUGCGUAUUCACUUCAAGUCGGGUGUCUCCAAGAAGCAAGCCGAGUACGUUGAACUGGACAGCGUCAACUUUAUUGCUCAGUGGUCCAGCCGACCAUCGAGCGCGCCACUGUGGAACGCGCCGAGGCUGUGGUAG